AUGGAUUUCAGAUUGAUGGGUUUUGAUGCUUCAGUUUUGCACGCUCUGCACCAAAUGACGGAUAUUUCAGACGACACUUCUUCCGACAAGACAUCACACAAUGCUCCGACACGGUCGUACGUCAGAGAUGCGAAGGCAAUGGCUGCAACUCCGGCGGAUGUGAAGGAAAAUCCAAAUUCAUACGUGUUUGUGAUCGACAUGCCAGGGUUGAAAUCUGGUGACAUAAAGGUUCAGGUGGAAGACGAUAACGUGCUUGUUAUAAGUGGUGAAAGAAAGAGGGAAGAAGAAGAGAAAGAAGGUGCAAAGUAUUUGAGAAUGGAGAGAAGAGUUGGAAAAUUCAUGCGCAAGUUUGUGCUUCCUGAGAAUGCUAAUACCGAUGCUGUUUCAGCUGUGUGUCAAGAUGGGGUACUGAGUGUUACUGUUGAGAAAUUACCUCCUCCUCAACCUAAGAAGCCCAGAACUAUUGAGGUUAAGGUUGUUUGA